AUGGAGUGUUCCACAUUAUGCCUAAUCUCUUUCUUGCUUCUUUUUGGUUCCUGCUUUCAGAGUGUAUCAUCACAUAAUUCAUCUCAGAGUGACCAACAACAAGCUAACUUGCCACCAAGAGGUUGGAAUUCCUAUGAUUCAUUUUCCUGGAUAAUUUCUGAACAAGUAUUCUUACAGAAUGCUGAACAAAUCGCUCAGCGUCUCCGUGUUCAUGGAUACGAGUAUGCUGUGGUGGAUUGGCUCUGGUAUAGGAAGAAAGUCCCCGGCGCUAAUAGUAAUUCUCUUGGAUUCGACUUGAUUGAUGAAUGGGGAAGGAUGGUCCCUGAUCCAGAAAGGUGGCCUUCUUCCAGUGGUGGGAAGGGAUUCACUGAAGUUGCUAACAAAGUACAUAGUUUAGGUUUAAAGUUUGGGAUUCAUGUUAUGAGAGGAAUAAGCACACAGGCUGUGAAUGCAAACACACCUAUUUUAGAUACAAUAAAGGGUGGUGCUUAUGAAGAAGCCGGUCGAGUAUGGCAUGCAAAAGACAUAGCAAUCCCAACAAGGACUUGUGCAUGGAUGUCUAAUGGUUUCAUGAGUGUAAAUACAACAUUAGGAGCAGGAAGAGCUUUUCUCAGAUCCCUUUAUGAGCAGUAUGCUGCUUGGGGACUUGAUCUUGUGAAACAUGAUUGUGUGUUUGGUACUGACUUGGAUUUAAACGAGAUAACUUAUGUAUCUGAGGUUCUCAGCCAGGUUAAUCGCUCCUUAGUGUAUUCUAUAUCUCCCGGAACCAGCGUGACACCAGCCUUGGCCAAGGAGGUAAGCGGACUAGUCAACAUGUAUCGCAUAACAGGAGAUGAUUGGGAUUCAUGGGGGGAUGUCAAGUCUCACUUUAAUAUAUCAAGGGAUUUAUCUGCAGCUAAUAUGAUAGGAGCAAAAGGUUUUAAGGGAAAGUCAUGGCCUGAUUUGGACAUGCUACCGUUUGGAUGGCUAACUGAUCCAGGUGCCAAUGAUGGUCCUCACAGGGGCAGUAAACUGACUCUAGUAGAGAAAAGGACACAGAUGACUUUAUGGGCUUUUGCAAAGUCACCGCUUAUGUAUGGAGGCGAUGUACGGGAGAUUGAUUCUGCUACCUACGACAUUAUCACAAAUCCUACUUUGCUAGAGAUUAAUCAUUUCAGCUCAAACAAUAUGGAGUUUCCUUAUAAUCCAAGCUUGAAGAAGCGUCAUAAAGGGAAACCGAAAAGAUCUAAGAAAGGAAAGAAGCCUACACUUUCAUUAGGCCUUACUAGCUGCACUGAAUCAGAGGCAAGUGGUUGGAUUGUUGAAAAUCUUAACCAACCUCUUGAAAGAAUCUGUUGGAAAGGAAGUUUAGAAAACAAUCCGAACCCUUUCUGCGUACAAAAGAGAGAACUUCAGCAGCACACAUUAGACGGAGAGAGUAAGUAUCAAGAGGAAUUUCGCGGGAAACAUCAAUUUUUUGCAGCAAAUCAAAUGAGAUUUUGCUUGGAUGGUUCUUCAAAACAAAAAACUACCUCCCAAGAGAUUCAGAGAGUCUCAUUUUCUCCUUGCAAAAUGCAUUCAAAUCAGAUUUGGGAGCUAACACCCAAUGGGACCCUGCUAAAUAGUUACAAUGGUCUUUGUGCAACAGUAAAUUAUAUUGAAGAGAAUGUUGAUUCGAAUGAGGUUCGAUCAUGGAUUGCGACGGGAAGAAAUGGAGAAGUGUAUAUGUCAUUCUUCAAUCUAAGUGAUCAACAGAAUACAACAAUUACAAUAUAUGCGAAAACAUCAUUUGUGUCUAAUGUUUUAACUGACAAACGUAUCAAUUCAUGUCAAGGUAAGGAAGUGUGGAGUGGAAAGGACGUUGUAACAACGCAAGGGGUAAUAAAAAUGGAUGUUGAAGCUCAUGGAUGUGCACUUUUUGUUCUUAAUUGCAAAUAGCACCUCAUUGUUGAGCUACUAUUUUCUAUUUUCUCUUUAAGCCUUCUGUUUUUUCCACAAAGUAUAUAUAAUUGGUGGAUUCUUUGUAAUUGUAAGAGCAAGCUUCAUUCAUGUCUGAAUAAGUUUGCA